ACUGCGGUAAAAUAUCAAUACAUGUGGAAAUAUUUCUAGUUGCUGAUAGAUAGUAUGGUUGUUUUGUUAACGUUUCAUUAUUCAAACACUGUUUACUGUAUGUAAUUAAAAACGAGUGUAAACAGUGGAACAACUGUUUAUAUUGGCUUUUGAAAAAGCUAAUAAAAAGCGCAAAUAGUGAACUCGAUGAUAUGAAGGGAGCGAAUUUUAUUAAAUAUUCUAGACUUAUACAACCAUGUGGCUUAAUGAGCAUAGUUAAACAGGCCAGGGAAUCGCGGUGUCUUUUACCGUUUCAUAAUUCACAUCGAUUGCUCCCUUACUGUUUCCUUGGAAUUAAUGAUGCUCACCAAUCAAUAACAGUUCCGCAAGAUACAAGCUGAAGCGACAGCAUUUUACGAUUUGAAUAUUGGAAGGGUUGAACUUACGACAUUGACAUCGUGUUUUGCCUUCCACCAGUGAAAACAUCUACCUGGAAAUAACGAUAGUACCAUGUACCGCGGAUUUUCAACAGAGAAAGCCACAAUGGAGGAUAAAGUACGCAGCCUGAUCGAUAACCUAAGGGGUCAAUGUUUAAAAAGAGGAGUCGGCGGCAUUAGGGAACUUAGUGUGGUAUUUAGACGGAUGGAUGUUGACUUUUCUAAGCGGCUGUGUUACCAAGAGUUCGAGGAAGGCGUGAAAGCCUACGAGCUGAUAAUGACAAACGAAGAUAUUGAUUUACUGUUCAAUACGUUUGAUACAAAUAAAAACCGGCAAAUUGACUUUUUGGAGUUGGUUGCCAAACUGCGACCACCUAUGUGCCAGGCGAGGAAGAAUGUUGUCAACCAGUCCUUUGAUAGACUAGACGCCAAUCAAAAUGGCAUUCUGGAACUGGAAGACCUCAAGAUUGUAUAUUCUUCAAACGCGAGGAAACAUCCGAAAUAUAUGUCCGGUGAAUGGACGGAGGAGCAAGUACUUCGGAACUUUUUGGACAGUAUCGAUACUCCCGGUAACCCGGAUGGAAAGGUCACGCGCGAGGAGUUCUUGAAUUACUACGCCGGAGUCAGUGCUACAGUCGACGAUGACAGCUACUUUGACCUCAUGAUGAGAGCAUGUUAUGGUCUUCCAAACAAAGGCGAAAAAACAAAAUAGUGCUCGCAAAAUACAUUUUGAUAACCGAUCGCGCACCUGUUCCUGUAACAUUAUGGGUAUAAUUCCUACAAUGACAGUGAAAAAGGAUGUGCUCUAGUUUUCAUUGAACUUCUUCAUUCGAUGUUUAGCAAAGUGUAGCUUGUAUGACAAAAUAUACUUUUAUCUGAAAGCAAAUUGCAUAUUAGUUUAAGUAGUAAAUAAUUAUAUAUUUAUGUCUAUACAUCACGGAUAUAAUGUGCA